UAUAUAUAUAUAUACAUAGAGAGAUGAAUAAAUUAGAAUCAGUCGAAGCGAACGGAAACACAUUCAUAAUUCUUGAAAAGAAGAAAAGAAAAGAUGACAACGAAGAUGCAAAAGAAAAGGAUGGACAAGAUGAGAAAAGCCAUGGAGGUACGACUAAUAUCGACGCUCGUUGCAAAGUUUCCGGCCGAUCAACAACCUCUUGAAUCCACCGUUGUUGAUGACGGCUCUCGUACACGUGUUUUCUGGACCCGCCAACAAACUUGUUCCGAUGACGUUGCUGCUCUGAGGACGUCGAAGCUUCACCUAACGUUACAACGUGCGUUUACUCAGUUCCAAUCGGCUCCUUUAAAUGGGUUACUUCAGUUUUGGGCGCCCGCCGUUGAUGAAACCGGACCAUCGCAUCUGCCGCUUUCCACUUCCCAACAACCUUUUUCCCUCGACGUUCUUGGCAACCCUCGUCUUGUCGAAUACAGGCUCUUUUCUAUCAACCACCGUCUUCAACAUGAUCCCCAUGCCGCUGUGUUCCGCGACCCUUUUUCCGUGGCAGUCUUGAAUCUCAGGACCUAUGCUCACAAGGGACGUGGUCCUCAUCCGCUUGUGGAUAAAGCUAUCGACUGUGGUCUUGAUACUCUAUUACUGCUCCCCGUUUUUUGUCUUUACCCUCCUGGAUCAUCUUGUAUUGGUGUUGUUGAGUGUUGUAUCAACACGUCUGACUUUCAUACUGUGGUUCAAGCUUUACAAGACCUGGUACUUGCACUUAAGCCGGUAUUACUCACUACUUAUCCUGUUCAACAAAGUCUGCCAUGCGAGCCUACCCAUGGCAUCAAUCUUGCCAAAGUUGAAAUCGAAGAGGCAUUGAAGAUCGUUUGUGAAUCACUUCAUUUGAGUCUUGUUCAAGUUUGGAUAGAUCUCGAUGCUGUCAAUCAGGUGUCCUGCUCAUCUCCUGGUUUUCAUAAUAUGGAGCAUGAGGAUCAUCCUGAACAACCUGCAGGACAUUAUGUGGUCAAGUUCUGUGGUUAUGUUACCGGAUGUAAACAUCCCGACAAUCCGUACCAUGCUAAGCUGCUGGAUUACUACCAUACGUGCGACGUCCUCCCCUUUCGUAAGGGGAAAGGGCUUCCCGGAGAGACACUUCAAACUCACGAGCCACGCUUCUGCAAAGACUCUUCCCAACUCACAGUGAAGUGGAUACCUGAAGUUCUCUGCCGCAUGGCUAGAUGUAGCUCUCUUGCCAUAUGCUUGAGGAGCACCCACACUGGAAAAUGUGUUGAUUAUGUGUUUGAAUUUUAUGGCCUCAAAACCGAAGAAACCAUAUCACCUUGUUGGAGUCUCUAUUCCUGA